AUGAUUGGAAUGUGGAUGACCUUCGCCAUUUUUUUUUCCCUGGAGGAUUUGGGACUUGAAGUCCAUCCACAGCACUAUGCUGGGAAGCGAAUCUUAGAUCUUCACUGCUUGCCCGGACCUUUGCAGUACAGCAGUGACAUUCCUUCGGGCAUCGGCUUGGGCGGUUUGCUGAUGGUGCAACUGACUCUCUGGUUCUGCACCCUACGUGCCCGCCUCAGUGUAGGCUCUGGAGCCCCAAUGGAUGUCACUGGAAAGUUUGCCAGACUGGACCAGCAAAGUACUGGAGAAGUCUUGGGAAAGCUGGUGGGCAACUCCGGGGCUGGUGCUACCCGUGCCUUAGUCACUGCCAUGGUUCGUGGCGUCUUUGGAUGUGAACCGGAGGAACUCUCCUGGUUGCACUUCCUGCACUACGUGGCCUGCGCUGGCGGAGUAGAAAGACUGUUGAAGAUCAACAACGGCUUCCAGGAAAGCACUGUGAAGGGCGGCGCCCAACAGAUCUCCGAAGGCCUUGCCGAGCAAGUUCUGGCGCUGGGAGGCACGGUGGAUUUCAAGCAGCCUGUGACCUCGGUAGUGUGCCACCAGGAUUCUGUGGAGCUUCACUGCAAGGACGCCAAAUUCCGCUGUUCCAGGUGUGUUUUUGCGAUGCCACCAGUGCGCUUGGGCGACAUCCAUUUUACACCUCAGUUGCCGGCCUCCCGGGCCGCUUUGCAUGGAUCCAACUUUAUUGGAUGCAUCAUUAAGUCUGUGUUUCGCUAUGAGCGACCCUUUUGGCGCUUGCAGGGCUUUAGUGGAGAGGUGGUGGCCGAAGCCACUGACGAAGAGCCGUGCUUCAACUGCUACGACCACUGCUUGGGUGAUCGUUACUUCCUGGUGUGUUUCAUGAACGGCGCGCCGGCGCAAAGGUGGAGCCAACGAAGUGAGGAGGAGCGCCGUGCUGUGUUGCUGCAACAACUCACCAAGUGGUUUGGAGCGGAAGCCAAGGAAGCGCUGGAAUACAUCGUGCAACAUUUUUCGGUGGCCGUAGCAAAAUGCCAGACCAAAGCUUCGUUGGCUGGUCUUAGAAAGGAAAAAAGGGGAGCUCUGCUACAUGUCCUCCUCCUCGUUCUCGGGAGUCUCAGCAGCGCCCACGUUCUCCUCCUCAGAUUCAAUCGCCGUUCGGCCUGGUAUGGAGUGCCCAGGGCCUUGGCGACCAAGGUAGGGAUCACCGUAGAGCUCGACGAUGCCAAGCCACCUGGGUUCUGCUCUGGAGGUCGCAUUGCCACCCUCAAAGAAGUGACCCUAAGUGGGUUGGAAAUGGGCAGUUGUCAGAAGCAGAUCGAUGCGGCGCAAAGAUUCCUACGAGGAAUCAGGCAGCUGCUAGGGUACGACGAGUUUGCUUUGAAACAGGCCUCAGGCAUCAGCAAGGCCUUUGAAAGGGUCAAGGAGUUAACGCCCGGGGAAGCUGCUGGCAUUCUGGGCAGCAUCGAUGAAAUGCUUUGGUCAACUUCCCAAGUGGAACAAUUCAGACAACUUUUGGCACAAAAGACCCGGGCGGUUUUGGAGGAUGCCUUGCGUCCGACGCAGCAGCAAGACUUUACAGCUCUGCCUUAUCUGAUUUCCGAGGAAUUGAGUACCAGGGUUCUAUGCCCUUCGACGGACAAAGAUCAGCUGCUCUUUGAGUUGUGUGCCUAUGCGGCAAAAUUAACCUUGCGCAGUGCCACGGAGGCCUCAAAGGCGACCAUCAUUGCGCUCGCGUACUGGACGCAGCUGAAUCAGGGUAUGCCCCCGAAGGAGAAAUAUAACUUGUAUGUGAUGAAGAAGCCAUUGGUGACCAAGUACUUGUCAUUGCCAGCUCCAGAGACUAUGAUAUUGUCUUUACCAAUGGCAUGGGAGGAGGUGCCGACGGUUGUGAAAAAUCAUACGUUUCCUACGGGGAAGCCAGUUGCAAAUAAACAGUUGGCAUUCGAUGUGAUGCAGUUUGUUCGCAAUAUGCCGCUGCGCAAGGAUCAUAACUUGUUGCAGCCUGUGGCAGCAACCCACAGUGCCGCGAGCACAGAUACCACCUCACUCUCUGUGGACGCUAUCUGCAAGGUGGUUGAAGCAUGUUCGCGAGCGGGUCGACUGGCUCUGGAAGAUGGCCGCGUCGAGGAAACCGCUUCGCGAGGGGUGCCUAAGCAACUUGCUCUGGAGGAUGGUCGCGUGGAUGGAGAAGAAUCGAUGCGAGAACCCACGGGGUUACCGGUGACGCAAGCACCCUUGAAAGAGGCUGCACAAAAGCCUCCGGCGAUGAGUGUGGAGACUCAGUUGUAUGAAUUGCAACUAGUGGCUGACUCUGAGUUCGCUGCUGCAAUGAAGCGUCCGGCAAGCAAGCAGACCUUGAAGCGUCCGGCUGCUGCGGGAGAGCGUUCUGCAGGAUCUGGGUCUACGGGAUCCACCGAGGCGGAUUUUGCAACCCUGCGUCUAGCCAUGGAGAUAAAAUGUGCCAUGGGUGGCAAGGACAAGAACAAGAAGCCAAAGGACGAUGACGAUGGCUCGUAUUCGUAUUGCACAGAAGAAGAGGAUCCACAGCCACACCUAGCGGAGCCUGCUGCGGAACCUCCGGCACGUCCGCGGGUGACCGCGACUGCGUCGAAAGCAAAGGCAGCACCCAAGGAAGAAGACAAGGAAUCUGACGCUCGUGCAUCACCUGGACGACGUGCGGACGCUUCUCCAAGUGAGGACGGACGCGUGGCAAGAGUGAGGUCCCUGCAGUUCCUGCCCCGCCCCCGGUGCCCCGUGCUUCGCGUCGCGACAGGGACAGGGACCGUGAGACGCAUGACGUUGACGGGGGCGUAUUCCCACGCGGGAUGCGAUCCGCACGAAGAGGAUCCCUACGCGGGAGAGAAGGGGCAUGGCAAAGGUAAGGACGACCAGGAUCGUCCGAGCGGAUGGCGAGGGUAUGAUGAAGAUCCCUACGAGGGAAGUCGACACAAAGGGGGACGAUGGGGACGUCAUCAGGUGACUUGUCCGUACUGCAAGCAGUCCGUGUCCGAAACAAGAGGAUCCUCAGGACUCAGCCAGCACAUGUGGUUCAGUGAAUGGUGCAUCCAGCAUCAAGUCUGGUACCAAGGGGGCUGGACAUGGCGUGACGCUGGCUAUCGGGCGGCCACUGUGAAGGCCCAGCGGGACGCUGAGUGCGUCCACGAGAAGGCACCGAAGCCACCAGACCUCCCUGAAGUUUUGCCAGCCAGAUCUGCAGCUCACAGGGUGAAACUGGAGGGGGAAAUGGAGCGCAGGUCUAUGGACCGGGAGAAGGAUCGCAAGGAGGGCAAGGAGAAGAAGCGCAGGCGUCGGCAUCGUCGAGUGUCUCCGUCGCCAGAUCCUCAUUUGGAGCGUCGAAGCCGUCGCAAGCCUCCAAGUGACUCUGAUGGAGAUGAGGAAGAUCGCAAGGCUACGGGCCGCGAUAAGAAAGUGUGGAUUCAGGUUCCCCGCUCCUCCUUGAAGGCGUACUGA